CAAAAUGCAGCCAUCUCAUCCCUCUCCAGUUGACAAAGACAAGAAAAUCAAAAUCAUGGAUGAGUUGAUCAAGACCAAUCAAAAACACAUCGACCAUCUCAAACAAACCAUCACACAAUUGAAAAGAGUAAUGUUGCAUUCAAAUUUAGCAAUUACAAUUUGAAUAGAAGAGAAAUCAGGAUCUUGAUAAAGAUAAUGCCACCUUAAAAGAUCAAAUUAAAAAGCUUCUCUCUAAGCCACCCCUACAUACUCAAUAUACGCAGACAUCACACGAAGUCCAUAGACGAGACUCAAAACAAUUGUCCACCAAAGAAGAUCAAUAAUUCAAUAGUGCCUCCAAGAACACACAGAAAUCUGAGAACGAUCAAGUGACUCAGAAACAGUAGAUACUCAAUCAAGUGUCCCCUUCAAAACAAGAAAUCAGGAAAAUCCAAAAACUUGAUCUUAAAAUUGAUAUUAGUUCAGCUCUUUAACGACAAUAGAGUGGUCCCAUCAGCAGUGUCAAAAAAUCGUAAACUUACUUACACGGAUUAACCAAUGUCAAGUUAAUUGAUGCAAUCAAGGAGAGAAUUCCAGAAAAAUCUAAUAGGAUUGUAACAUUAUGGAUUCAUAUCUUUUUAGGGUCAAAUGACUGGAGAUAGGAGCAGUUAAAUAAGAAAGUCAUUGAUGUUCAAUUUCCAGAAUAACAAAUCAACUAUCAUUGAUUGUGAGCACACUGAAGAAUAGGAAAUACAAAAAAGUAGAAAUUCAGAUGGAAAAUAAUAAUAGCUCAUUGAAUCAAUUGAGGAAUAUAGAGUGGAAACUAUGGAAGUCUCAGCCUUACAAUAGCCCGCCUACAAACUGUAUGAAAAGUUUUAUAUCAUGGGUUGUGAGAAGAAGGAAUUCUUAGAAUUUGAUAAUGAUCCCAACAUUAAAGAAGGUAUUCUACCUGCAAAUAUCUUAUUCAAGAGUGAUUCCAUUACCACGUAAAUAACAUUCACCUUCUUUUAGUCCCGUCUAUGAAGAGAUUAUUAAUGGGUUUGUUUAUCCUUUUGGAAAUCAAGUUGAGAAAAUCAAAGUCAAUGAUUCAUUUCGAAAAUUAAAAGAGUAACUAAAAUUCAUUAUUUCAGAAUCAUGUAUUCAGGUAAUAAAUACGAAUUAUUGGACAAAUUUUCCUUAUUUACUAUUAAAAAUCAAGAAAUUACUGAUAAUUUUUCAGAGCACACCAAUCAGAAUCUAUUGAAUCAAGCUAAUCCUGAAAAGUUACUCUAUGGAAUCUGCUUAUCUGUCUAUGAUUUCAUUGAGACCACUCCUGAUCAUAUCAAACUAACAUUUGAAAACAGAAAAAAACGAAUUUUCUGGAAAUACAAGAAAACCUAUUGUUUUCUGACCUACUUCCCAUUUUACGAACUAUUCCAAGACUUGCUAAUUUCUAUCAUCAGUAUUCGAUAUAAAUUAUUUUAGAUUUGAUUAAAAUCAAUAGAACCGAUCGUUACCUAAAGAAAUACUCUGAAGAGUAUGAAGUCUUAAAGGAUGUUGAUGGAUAGUAGAUAAUACUUGUACAUUAUAUGUUAAUAAUAUAAUAUAGGAAUUUCAAGAGGAGUUGACUAAAUUCCUAAAUCUAAUCUAAGCCAUCAAGCCAAUGUUGGGACAUCAAUAAUUAGAAGUCUAAACACUGGCAGGUACUCUAAAGUACCGAAUCCCCAAUCAAUUACAAUUGGAUAUUGAAUUGAGAUUGUGGAGUGCCAAUGUCACCUUGUAAGUUCUAAAUUACAAGGAAAUCUUAAACAUAUUCUUAGCUAUGAUUUCUGAAAUCUCUAUCAUUUUCGUAUGUGAAAAAAGCAACAUCCUUACAUCAAUCAUGUAUUACAUUCAACCCUAAUCAGACAUUUCUUUCAUCAUAUAGUCCGUCCCUUAGAAUGGACCCAAGGAAUCAUUUACAAUGUCCCAGAACAACUCUUAACCAUGAUUCAAUCACCAGUCCCAAUCAUUAUCGGAGUCAACCUUACAGAGAGUGAUUUCAAUUUGAUGAGUCUAGCUGAUAAUUGCGAAAAUCAUUUGUUUGUAUUUUUGGAUCGCGAUAAAGAAAAUAAAUUUCUUCCAAAGCCGUAAAAUGUUUUAAAAGACAUAUCCUCUCCUUCAUUUGGGGGAUUGUUACAACACAUAGAGACUAUUCUUAAGAAUUAGAAUAAUAUACGCAAUCCAAGGUAAAUGUUGAUAAAAUCUUAAUACUUAGUCCAAGCAUCAGACAAGUCUCCAAUAAGAAUGACGAUAGGAAAGUGAUCAAAUUUUACUUUGAUGACCAAGAUCAAAGCAAAAGUAAAAAGGUUCUCGAGACUUUCAAGAAGAUUAUGGAGGAGUUUAUCAUUUCUAAAUUACCACCCUAAAAUGAAGAUGCCAUCAAAGUAAAUACUACAAUAUUCAAAAUAGGUAGGUCAAGAUUUGAAUUUCCAAUACAUUGAACUUUACUUAAUCUAAAGAUCCGAUCCUAAGGAUAAAAAGUUUAUCUAAAAUCUAUUUAAGACUCAACAUUUCUAAUAUUUUAUAUAAUAACAUUAUUGUGAUUAGAUUUGA